CAUGGCAAAGGCGAUGUUGACGAGUGAGGUGUCGGUGAAGAAAGGGCUUGUUGGUUCGGUCGAAUUUGCUGGGUACGGGGACGUAGCAUAGGGCUGGGGAUGAACCUGUAAGGCGGGGAUGCUGCGAAGCGCAGCGGUUUGCUCGGGCCGGUGGUAUUACUAGUACAGCAGUAUGGAGUAGUCUACCGGUACAAGAGACCGGUGAUAGCGACGGCGGAAGCAAAGCAAGUACCUAGAAAACAGCGAUAGCGGCACCGUAGCAAAGGUAGCUACGCAUGAAGAUGGAUCCAUCUGAGCUGUCGGAUGCGUUGUUCUCUGAUAAGGGAAUCCUUUCUCUCUUCGCCCCGGAGACUGAAUGAUACUGAUAGACCUCCCUGAACCAGCGGACAAUUGCAACAACAACAACAACAACCCACGAACCAAUAGGGGAACGCGGAACGACGUUUCCUCGCUAAACGAGGCAUCAAAAUUCGCCAAAGGUUUGUGGGCAGGGCCAAGAUUUUCAAUGUGGACUUGGUUGAUAAGUGCAGGGGCCGCAGGGACGGCAAAAGCAAAGAGACACGGACGACUCAUCAACGACUGGGAUGAGGUUUCCAUGCACAGAACAGAAGGCCGGGUGGUGGCGCUCCCGGUGAGCAGUGGUGAUUGGAUAGGGCUUGGUGUUGUGGUUCAUGUCCACGUUACUCGGCCGCGCAGCAGAAGAAGGGCAAGGAGAGGGCUGCAUGGACGAGGACCGCGACCAUGGCACAAGGUGAAGGAUUUGCUGCGCUGUUCGCUGUUUAUCGCUGCUGCUCAUCAACUUGGAAAUGGGAUUGGCGCGCAUACGGAGGCGUGCAGCCGCUACUGUUGAUAGCGGACUGAAAAGUUGGGACUGUCGCAGAGUUGCGGUAAAGGAAAUGACAACUGGACAACUGGCAGACUUCUCCGUACUGAAUGCG